GCCUCACGCUCCCACACACCAUGGGCGAGUCAGUCGUACUGUCCAUAACGGACCAAUGGCGUAGCUUCGAGAAGAUCAAGUAUCUUGUCGUCUUCGGCGACUCCUUCUCCUCAGUAGGAUACACGUCGAAAGACCUUCCUCCUUCUGCAGAUAUGCCUCUUGGAGUGCCAUCGCCAGGAAUCACGUCCUGCGAGGUGGUCAAUGAGGCUACGGGCGAAGUCACGUACGAGCCUAACUGGGUCGGAUACCUAUCACAAAAGGUCAACUCCGAGAGGAACGCCAAGAGGAACGCCGACCCGCUCCUCGUCUACGACUAUGCUGUUCCUGGUGACACGGUCGCACGCAUGAAAUUGUGGCAAGUGGGAAAGGAGUUCAUGCCUACCAUGGGCCAGCAUCCGGAGUGGGCACCAUGGACAUCGUUGGACUCUCUUUUCGUAACCUGGAUUGGUACAAACGACUGCACGUGGAACCUUCGCCUCCAGGUUUCUUCUGCUCAGGCAAGUCUCGUGGACCUAUUCAAGGCUCAAACGAGGCUGUAUAAUGCGGGCGCGCGCAAUUUCUGCCUGAUAGACGUUCCGCCUUGUCACAGGUUCCCGAAAGGCUCGAAGAGCCCUCGCGCCAAAGACGCUUUUGCAGUGUGGAAUUCGAUGCUUUCGGAAUCCGCCAAGAACUUCGGUGCCGCUCAUCCAGAUGCGACUGUCUUCAUCUUCUCCUCAUGGGAGUUGGUCUCCCGUCUCCUGUCAGAUACACCAUCGACCGGUUAUCCCACCGAGAACAUCGACCACACUGCUCUGUUUGUGGAUGGUUUCCAUCCGUCGCAUCAGGUACACGCAAUAUUGGCCAACGAACUUCAUGAAUUUUUCUCGCAUGUAUCCUCUAGUCCCUCACCCAAAGCUAAUUGAUAACAACCACUUCGAAGCAC